UGGCAAAAAUUUUUUUUUUGCUCAGCGUGAUUCAUGUUUGCAGUAUAGAAUUUUGUUCCAAAAAAAAUUUUUCACUUGUUUUGAUGAUUAAAUAAUGGCCGAUUUAACUGUUAAAUCUAAUCUUAGUGGUAAAAAACUUGAUUCGGCUGAAGAUGUCACCGAUUUAGUGGAACAGAUUCGUGAUAAUGAAGAUAAGAUUGGCACUCUGCAAUUGGACGGUAAUUCGUAUGGUGUUGAACCGUUGAAAGAAAUUGGUCAAUCACUUCAAACCUGUCAUAAUCUUCGUCACUUAUUCUUGAAUGAUAUGUUCACCAGUCGUUUAAAAGAUGAAAUACCUAUGGCAUUACGUUAUCUAUUGGGUGGUGUACAAGCAAGUCAAGCACAAAUCAUAACAUUGAAUCUAAAUGAUAAUGCAAUCGGCCCGGUAACGAUGCCGGAAUUGUUACCAUUUCUUCGUAGCGAACAAUUCACAUCAUUACGGCAUCUUUACCUGAAUAAUUGUGGUCUAGGUAUUAAAGGUGGAACAAUGUUGGCCACAGUUCUUUCUGGAUUUGAAAAUUUAACCGAAUUAGUCAUUGGAAGAAAUCGUUUGGAGAUUGAUGGAAUCAUGGAAAUCAGUUCGGCAUUAACCAAAUUGACUACAUUAGAACGUUUGGAAUUACCACAAAAUGGUACGAAAGAACAAGGAAUAAUUCGUCUAUGUGAAGCGCUGAAACAGAAUUGUAAUUUGAAAAUUCUGAACCUGAAUGAUAAUGUUCUGACAACAACAUCCGAUGAUUUGGCUUCAUCGUUAAAAAAAUUGGACAAACUAGAAGUAUUAAAUCUGGGUGAUUGUUUACUGAAAACCAAAGGAGCCAUUAUUGUUCUAUCAGCUUUAGAUUCUCUAUAUCGUGAAAAAUGGUGUUCACGAAUCCGAGAAAUUAAUCUCAGUGGAAAUGAAAUUGGUAUUGAUGCAAAAGAAAUGAUCAUAGCAACAGUGGAAACAAUAUUGGAAACAAGAGAAAAUGACCAAACAAAACUAAAACUUGAUCUUAGUGUCAAUAAUUUCGGUACUGUGAUUGUUGAUGAAUUAAGAAAUCAUUUUGGUUCUGUUAUUGAUUUGAUUAUUGAUGAUGACCAAGGUUCGGAAGAUGAACAAGCUGAUGAUGAUGAUGAUAAUGGCUGCCAAUUGGAAGAAUCGAAUCAAUCAAUUGAUAAUAAAACUUUGAUGAACGAUGAACUGGAUGAAAAUCUAUUGGCCAAUCCGGAAGCAUUACAAGAACAUUUGAAUACACGAUACAAAGAUCUUGAAUCAUUAUGUCGAAGAUUUUUUAUCGUAUCGACAGAUGGUUUUAACAAAACGGAAAAAUCUUUGAACAAACAUGCUACUGCCGAAAUCGAUGCUCUCAUCAAAGUUGGUAGGAAAAAAUUUCUGAAAAAUGAAUCCGAUUUUAUUCUACUCAAUACAUUGCUCGCUGUUUGUGGCCUAUUGAAAGCUGAAGAUCGUACAAAAUCACCACGUAAAGAUGCUGAUCUUAGUGGACCAAUAUUGGCAUUGGCACGUGUGUCCAAAGAAUUUGCCGAUGAUGUCAAUCAAAAACGUUGUAUCAAAGAUUUGUUGCUAGAAAAAUUGAAAGAAAAUCGUUAUCAAACACUUCAAAAUGAAAUUUAUUCACUAAUUUACAGUUUUUGAGUGAGACGUGAAAAAGAAUUCAUGAUGUUUUUUUACAUUAAAUAAUAAACAAUAAUAACAUUUAUAUCAUA